CUCCUGGAUACUGAACGUUGAGAUGGGCAGUUGUGUUUCGGGGGACUGCGCAGUCAAAACGGCAAAGAGAGUGAUUUAUUUGGGCUUCAGUAAAUGCUGCAUCUUGUAUUUCAAAGAGUUUCCUGUCAUGACCUCAUAAAAAAGAGGAGGCGGCUUGUGUGUGUAGCGGUGCCUGGCGUGUUGAGUUGUUGCUUCCUUCUCUGGGCAGCAGCUCUGUAAGAAGGAAUGUCAGCUUUUACAUAACGUUCCUUUCUGCUUUUGACACACUGUGUGAGGGUCCAUCUUCUUCUGAUCACAGAUGGAGUGGAAUGGCUUGAAGAUGACUUGAUACUUCCUAGACCUUUCUGGAGCAGGGAGACCUGUGAGAUACUCACGUGGACAAGUGGCUGGCUUUCACCACAUGUAUCUGUGAGGCGAGCAUCCACUGAACAAAAGAUGAAGCCGACUGUCAGAUGACCUUUAAAAGGCUUGGUCCCACAGAGUCUCAACGUGCUUAGAUAAUUAGCACCAUGGAGCCUCAGGUGUCAAAUGGCCCGACAUCCAAUACAAGCAAUGGACCCUCCAGCAACAAUAGAAACUGUCCUUCUCCCAUGCAGACAGGGGCGGCCACAGAUGACAGCAAAACCAACCUCAUAGUCAACUAUUUACCCCAGAAUAUGACCCAAGAGGAAUUCAGGAGUCUCUUUGGGAGCAUUGGUGAAAUAGAAUCCUGCAAACUCGUGAGAGACAAAAUUACAGGACAGAGUUUAGGGUAUGGAUUCGUUAACUAUAUUGAUCCAAAGGAUGCAGAGAAAGCCAUCAACACUUUAAAUGGACUCAGACUCCAGACCAAAACCAUAAAGGUCUCAUAUGCCCGUCCGAGCUCUGCCUCAAUCAGGGACGCUAACCUCUACGUUAGCGGCCUUCCCAAAACCAUGACCCAGAAGGAACUGGAGCAGCUUUUCUCGCAAUAUGGCCGUAUCAUCACCUCACGAAUCCUGGUUGAUCAAGUCACAGGAGUGUCCAGAGGGGUAGGAUUCAUCCGCUUUGAUAAAAGGAUCGAGGCAGAAGAAGCCAUCAAAGGGCUGAAUGGCCAGAAGCCCAGCGGUGCUACGGAACCGAUUACUGUGAAGUUUGCCAACAACCCCAGCCAGAAGUCCAGCCAGGCCCUGCUCUCCCAGCUCUACCAGUCCCCCAAUCGGCGCUACCCCGGUCCGCUUCACCACCAGGCUCAGAGGUUCAGGCUGGACAAUUUGCUUAAUAUGGCCUAUGGCGUAAAGAGACUGAUGUCUGGACCAGUCCCCCCUUCUGCUUGUCCCCCCAGGUUCUCCCCAAUCACCAUUGAUGGGAUGACAAGCCUUGUGGGAAUGAACAUCCCUGGUCACACAGGAACAGGCUGGUGCAUCUUUGUCUACAACCUGUCCCCUGAUUCGGAUGAGAGUGUCCUCUGGCAGCUCUUCGGCCCCUUUGGCGCAGUGAACAAUGUCAAGGUCAUCCGCGACUUCAACACCAACAAGUGCAAGGGAUUCGGCUUUGUCACCAUGACCAACUAUGACGAGGCCGCCAUGGCCAUCGCCAGCCUCAACGGGUACCGCUUGGGAGACCGAGUAUUGCAAGUUUCCUUUAAAACCAACAAAGCCCACAAAUCCUGAAUUUCCCAUCCUUAAUUAUUAAAAUAUAUAUAUAAAUAUAUACGAACAAAACACAUGCGCGCACACACACACAUACAUACACACACACAAAAGAGAGAGAAACAAACUUUUCCAGGCUUAUAUUCAACCAUGGACUUUAUAAGCCAGUGUUGCCUAAGUAUUAAAACAUUGGGUUAUCCUGAGGUGUACCAGGAAAGGAUUUUAUAAUGCUUAGAAUAAAAGAAAAAAAAACAAAAAAAUAUCUUUGAUGCAUUGAAUGUUCUUUCAUAGCUGUCGUUGUUGAAUAUAAUAUACAUAGAUAGCAAUGUGCAGGGAUUUUUACCCAGCCAGCUAACUUUACUACCUUCCUUGAAGGUGGGUCUUUUUAAGAUGACCAUUCGCUCAUUUGAAGAAGAAAAACAAAAAACAAAAAAAAAAAUAAUAAUAAAAACAAAACAAUUUUUACAAAGUAAUGGGAUUCAAAGAAAGAAAAAAAAAGAUUUUUCUUUUUUGUCAAAAUGUUGAUCCAAUCAGAUUGGUAAGGAAAAAAAAAACCCCACACAAAUUAAAGAGGAAUAAUAAAAAUUGCAAAAAUGAAAAAAAAAAAAACUUUUGCAAAUUUUUUUAUUUUUCCUUUUUUCUUUUAUAUCAUGUGAACUAAAACAGUCUUCUGUUAGGGGAUGGGGGCCAGGGGGAUACCUGAUGACAUUAACAAUUUAAUAACAUUAACAUUGUUGCCAAAGAGGUGGUCUCUUUGCUGAAAAUGGGUUUCAAGAAAAAUCUAUUUUUAUAAAAUAUAAAGAAUUUUUACAAGAGAAUCUGGAUUUGAGAAAAAAAUAUUUUGACUGGCUAAUUUAGGGGAAAUUGACAACUUUGUCGCGUUCAUACUGCACUGGUAACUUUUUAGAGAUCAGAUGUGUGUUUUAAACUGGAUUCGUAGACUGUUUUUUGAAGGAUGGGCUAUAAACAGAUGAUCUUCAUAUCUUUUCAUAGCAUGUAAUAAUAAUAAAGAAAAUUAUUAAUUACUAGGGGAAAGGAGUGUUCGUUCUACCCAGGGUACCACAGUUCCCCACAGUCAAAACCCAAAAGCAAGGAGAUGAGUUGAAAGACAGUUUUUCUUUAAGUCAUCAGUAUGGGAUGUCAGCAGAACAAAAAUUUCAAAAAUUAAAUUUUCCUUUUGAUCUAAAACUUCCUUAGUUUGAGCAGUAGGUGCUACGAAAUUAUUUACAUAUCUUAGUAUCAUAGUUAAAUGUAAUGUGUUUAGGAGAGGAAAACAAAAGAUAACAUUUGCUUUCAAUUCAUUAAGGAAUUUUCAAAUUCACUUCGUAGCCCAUGCUGAUAGAAUUGGGCUGUGUUGGUACAUUUGAAACACUGUUUAUGUUGCUUGAAACACUUAUUUAUUUAAUCGCUGAUGUGAUGAUGCCUAUGGCCGAGAUCAAAUAUAGCUAGAUUGGCUAGACUACUUAUUUGUUUACUUAAACUAUGGGAAGAAGCAUAUUAUUGUGUCAUUCUGUUGUGUGUGUAUGUGUAUAUACAAUAUAAAUAUAUAUAUAUAAAGUUAUUUUUUCUUUGGGUUAAUUUAUUAUAAGUUGUAACACUUGGCUAGUUUCGUUUGUAUAUGUCUUAAAAUGUUUUCUUAUGAUAUUUAAGUGACAGUUUAAAGAGGUAUCAAGGUAACUUGUGUAGAACUAUUGUUUAAUAUAUUGUCAUGUUUGUUGUGAAUAUUUUUUCUUACUGCACAGUAGAAAAAUUAAAAAAAAAAACACUGGGUCUUUAUUUUAAUGUAAUUCAGAUUGGGGAAAACAAAACAGAGCUAAGGGAACAAAAUGACUGAGGGAGCAUUCUCCCACGUCCAGUGCACUGAUCAUUUUAGUAUGUUUGUGCUUUGUACGGUUAUAUAUUUAAAACAAAAACAAAAACAAAAAAAAAAUACAAGGGUUCAUGCUCUUCCCUGGGUAAUAGAAACAGUUACUCGCUAUGCAUAAUCUAGUUGAUAGUUAAAUUUGCUAUUGCUUUUCUUGUCUUGUUAUAUAAAAUCUUUUCAAUACAAGUUUAGUCUUAAUGGUAAUAAAACGUUAUGGUUAUUUAUAACUUGUGCUUAUUUUGUGCGUUUUUUCCCAUGCUGAACCCACUAAGUGCAUGUAGACAGAACUGUUGUUUUCACACUGAAGAGGUGAACUCGUAGUAGUAGUCGUAGUGUAGACAGAUAACGAUAACCAAGGCUGCAUCAUAGACUCCUCCUUUAAAUUUUUUUUCUAUUUUUUUUCCUCUUUUCAGUUUUGAAAAAAAAAACAAAAAAACAAAAAAAAAAAACACCAAAUUUCAGUUCAGAGAACACUCGUUCAACAUUCAGGGAAACCUUUUUAUGUCAUCUGCUAUGAAUGAACGCAGUUUGCUGGCAAAAUGUUGAUGAGUUUGCUAAGCAUUAGUGGGAAAGGCAUGCCAAAAUCUCUUCUCUAUAAUGUGUUCACACUUGGGGGAAAAAAAAAGGAAAAAAAAUGUUAGGACCAGGCAGUUGUAUACUUUAGUUAUAAUGAAUGACUUCAUGUUAAUCUUGCUAGUUUAGAUGAUUUCUGAGGGAAAGUAUUGUAAAUGUUUCUUUUCCCAUAAUCUUGUUGUGUUUGAAUUAUUUUAUCUGUACUUUAUCUGUCCAGACAAUAAAUGAAAGUGCGUAGAAUG